CUGCGACGCAGCAGUGAGCGCGCCUUCUACUUCGCGCAUGGACUACGCUCCUUCUCGCCGGGAUAACCGACACGCACAGUGAAUUAUCAAUCUAUCGUAUCGAUCAUUUCCACUGCCGAAACUCGUUUUUUUUUUAAAAAGUGCACAACGGAAAGUAACCUCAUGCGUGAACCAUUUCUCGUAAUCCAACAGUGAACUCACAGACAGGACUAGAUCAACGUUUGAAAAUUGCGAUCCAUCGUCUCAGUGUCAGCUCCUACUCUGUCCUUUCGUGGUUUUAACAGACACCAUAGGAAUUUCGAAUCAGUCGUGAUUAACCAACAGAAAGUUCGAAAUCGUUAAACAAAUUCCUUAAGCGCUGUCAGUUUCUUAACGACCAGAGGAGCUUUUGGAAGGGUCUAUAAAAAUACGUUGACCCCACCUGGUCAACUCCACCUGUCUACCAAGGGUCGGCCACCGCUUUCUCGCCGAUAAAACCGUCGCGAAGAUGCAGAUGGGAGCCUAAAGUGUUGACAUUUCCUCCCCGUCGUCGAUUCGGAAGUUUUAAACGCGAGUAUCGUCGCUGGAGUACGUGGAACAUCUUCGAUCCUCCGUGGUACACCAUGGACCGACGACAGCGUGCGUAUCUUACCGCGAUAGCAUCCGAUGGAUCCUAAUGACGCCGUUUGGGUGUCGUCAGUGUCGUCGGUAUCAUCUAUUCGCGUCGCGCAAGUUAUUUUAAAAAAGACGCCCGUUACGUCACUAUCGACGAACGAUGACGGACGCCCGUGCGAAGCGUAGCAGCGUACGAAGCCAUCGUUAAUGAACCGUGUACGAAACAUGCGAUUAGCCGAUCGAGUAGCCCCAUUAAUAACGGCGAAGACGCUCCACAAAGAACGCACGCAGUCGCCCCGAUGGGGGAUGACCAACGGCUUAAAAAAAGGACGAGAUCCCUCAGCGAGGUGCAUUCUUGUUCAAACGUUUCGUGAAUGACACUCCGUUCGCGUUUGAUAGCGUGUGAUUCUGUUUAAGACUAGUAGAAAGGUUGCUCGGAGCAUCAGAUUGUCCCUGUCGAGAAAUUAGACAAUUUGUUCCUCGAUCGAGGUAAACGUCGAUGAGGUGAAUAAUAGACGAGCAACGAACGACGGAAGUCGGGGUGUGAAGUUGUGGAAAAGCGAGUGCGGUGUGAAGUUUGCGCGACGGACGCAGGUAGGUCCUGGAAGACGUAGGACCGGUUUGACGCAGGAGUUCCAAGCCGUUCCCUGGACUGGAUUCGUUGAAACUUGUCAGUUGUCUCGACCUACUUGCUAUCCAGCAAGAGGACGAUAUUCGAGCGAGGGAGGAGAAGGAGCUUGAGAGGACUGUUCGGCCAAACACAGUCGUAGGAUGAAGGGGAUGCUUUUGCUGAUGAGCGUGAUGGCUCGGUUUGUCGCGGCGGAAGUUUUCCUCGGGAACGUCGACGAGCCGAUUCCUGUAUUAGACGCGGUGGCCGUGUCUGGCUUCGAGGCUCAAAUACCUUGCAACAUUGAUCCACCGACUAGAGACGAGGUGGUGAGCAUGGUUUUUUGGUACAAAGGCGAAAGGAAUGGCGAACCAAUAUACAGCGUGGACGCUCGCGGCAGAUCGAUAGGUCAGGCAAAGCUUUGGUCAGAUCCAUACGUAUUCGGUGAAAGGGCAACCAUGAGGACGGACGUGGAACCCGCGAAAUUGGUGAUCAAACCCUUGAACAAGACUGACGCGGGAGUGUACAGAUGCAGGGUGGAUUACAGGAAUAGUCCAACGAGAAAUCACAAGGUCAACCUUACGGUGAUAGUGCCACCGAACAAGCCGGUGAUUUACACCGGCGACGAUAGAAGUUUGGCUAUGAUACAGCAACCCUUCAACGAAGGCAGCAAGUUGUCGUUAUUGUGCGCGGUAGAGGGAGGUUCGCCACCACCGAAGGUCACGUGGCAUUUCGAGGGAAAAAUGUUGGACGACACGUACUCGCUGGAGCAUGGUGUCACUAUAAAUCGAUUGGAUAUCUCGAACGUCACGAGGGAGUACCUCAGGGAUAAUCUGACUUGCCGCGCGACCAACACGCAUCUCGUGUCAGCUCUGACUUCCGAGAUCACUUUAAACAUUAAUUUGAAACCAUUGGUAGUGAAUAUCAUAAAUAAAAGAGCACACUUGUCGGCGCUAAGGACGUACGAAAUCGAGUGCAUCAGUUCAGGUUCCCGGCCCAAGGCUGUGAUCACCUGGUGGAAAGGUAGCCACCACGUCAAAGAUAUGGCCAGAAAUUUUCUAGAUGAUCCGAACGUUACUAGAAGCAUAUUGAGUUACGUGCCGACCGUGCAGGACGAUGGAAAGAACCUGACUUGCCGAGCCGAGAAUACAGUUGUACCUGAUAGCGCGUUAGAAGACAGAUGGCAUCUACUGGUUCAUUAUUCGCCAAUAGUGACAAUCAAGCUAGGCUCGAGUCUCCGAGCAAACGACAUAAACGAAGGCGACGACGUCUAUUUCGAAUGCGACGUUCAAGCGAAUCCAAAGGCGUACAAGAUGGCAUGGCUCAAAGAUGGCAAAAAAUUGCAUCAGAACGCGACAGCCGGAAUUUUACUCCCCAGCGGCCAAUCUCUGGUUUUGCAAAGCGUGACUAGAAAUUCCGCCGGUGAAUAUUCCUGCAUGGCGGCCAAUAUCGAAGGGAAAACCACCAGCAAACCAGUGACGCUCACGAUAAUGUACGCACCGAUCUGCAAGGACGGCUCUUUCACCCAAGUGGUCGGCGCCCUGAAGCACGAGACGAUUUCGCUGGUAUGUGAAGUGCAAUCGAAACCGCCGCCGACGACUUUCCAUUGGACCUUCAACAAUUCCGGGGAUCUGAUGAACGUGCCGGCCAAUCGAUUCACGCAGGUCAAAUCCCUGAGCCUAACCACCAGCCACUGGCACGGGCCCAGGCUGAAUUACACACCGGAAAACGACAUGGACUACGGGACGGUCGCCUGCUGGUCGGAAAACCGUAUAGGGGUGCAAAAGACGCCCUGUCUAUUCCAGAUCAUCGUGGCAGGGAAACCCUAUCCCCUGCAGAAUUGCACGGCGCUCCAGUCGACUGGACCCUACGCGUAUCGAAUGGGCCACGAGGAUUUUAAAGCCACCGACUCGAGAGACGCGGACUGGUUGAUCGUCAAAUGCUCUGAGGGAUUUGACGGCGGUUUGCCCUUGACUAAUUACGAAAUCGAGGUCUACAGCGAGGAGAACGUUCGCCAUGUCAAUACCAUUCCCCUGAACCACACAGAGAGAUCCAGUUCGUCAGGUCCAGUUUUCGAGGUUCCUGGUUUAGAGCCUGGCCGUAACUACAGGCUUAAUCUUUACGCUGUCAACGCCAAAGGACGAAGCGACGCCGUAGUCCUCGAGCCGGUCACCCUCAAAGGAGUCGCGAUGUACACCACCGGUCUCGGAACUACCGAAGAGAACACGGACUACAGUCUUCUGGUCGCUUGUUUCGCUGGAGGGGUAACGGCCAUGUUCAUCGUGAUCCUCGGGAUAACUUUGACCUUGUAUCGUCGCAACCAACCGAUACAGACGGUCGUGCAGUACGGGCAGAAAGACGAUCGGGUGGUGAUCGCGCCGUUCAGCAAGGACUCCAGGUCCGAAUCCAAGGAGCAAAUAUCAGCCGACAUGCUCGACGACGAUCCCGACGUGAUUCCAAACAAGAUGGACAAGCGACCGGACAUCUUCGAGCCGAACUGCGGGACCGUCAGAAUGGGAAGGACGAACGACUUCGGUCGUCUGGAGGACCUCGAUUAUCCGUCGCCGUCGUCGGUUUUACACACCUGGAUCUAUCCGAACGGUUACGUGGAGAAAGUGGGAAAAAGUCUGAGCCCGAUGCGACCGAGCACGCUUCCGGUUCAUCGCGCCCUUGAUAUUUACACGAGAAGUCCCCGCGUCCAGGAAAGUUGUAUAUAGACGGUUAUGUUAUGUCUGAUCGUCGACGGACGCUCGUGUCCUGUUCUGCGAACGGCUGUGGAACUUUGAUACAGCGAUCGGGUGACUGUUGCUUGGAUCCUGUUUAACUAGGACACCGGAAAGUGUAGUUGGGAAGGGGCAAACGUUCGACGUGAUGGACGCUUAAAAAAUGAAAUGUUGAGCUGAAGGAAUGUUGAGAUGGAUGAAGCAACACCCGCAAGGUUGGACCUGGUUAGGUUUGUUGAUUGAAUGGAAAACGGAGGAUCGAUGGAGAUUUAUUUUCACUCUGUUGCUUGGAUCCUGUUCGUUGGAAUAAGAUAGCGGACGUGAGUAUACUUGGGAACGAUUUGACGCAAUGGACGCUUAAAAAUCGAAGGUCGAGAAAUGUUAAGGUGAACGACAUUAAAAACGAAAAAUAAAAAAGCUCGAAAAAUGAUGAGAGGGUUGUUGUGGUUUGGGUCGCCUUAAAAUGAGUCGAUUUUCAGGAAUUUUUUUUUGUGGGAAUGUAAAAGAAUAUUAAAACAGAGUUAAUUGUAUAUAACAUUAAGCAAUAAUGAAACCGCUUGAUUACAUUUUUUUUCGUUGAAAAUUUCUCUCCAAUAAAUAUCGAAACAUCCGUUUUAUUUCGAAGGUAUCAUUUUAAGUAUAGUUAAAAUACAAUUUUUAAGAAAUUAAUUUUUUGACCCACUCGAACCACGACACACCCUUAAGUUGAAUAAGGAAACAUGAUCGGGUACGAUUAGCUUUUCGAGCUAAGGAUGGAUGCAGACUAUUUUUACUCUCCGAUGCGAAUCUAUUUGCAUCGAUUCAUGCCAAAAGCGUCGAGCACACUUACAGACGUUUGUAAAUAGACAAUAAGUAUCGUUAAGAUUCCCUCCCGAACUGUCGAAGACUUGCUCUUAUUUUUCACCUAGGUUAAGUAACGUUUAAGUAGGUGUAACGACGAUCAACGGACAAAGAUGAUGGUCUCCUUCGAUUUCCGGCGUUUGUAUAUAGACAAUAAAUUUCCUUCCUUGAAUGUUCUUGUACCGGCCAGAAGUUUCCCGUGCUCGGUCUCAGCGACGUGGUUCCCUGUCGAAAAUCAUUUUCGUGAGAAUGUUUGGUGUACCGUGAAAAUGAACGCGUUUACCACGCUUCGUGGCCAACCGAUUUCGUCGAACCCUUUAAACGGCAUAUAAACGUUUGUAUAUAUAGAUAAUAAACCUCGUUAUUUAAUAACUU